AUGUUGGAUGACCUUUUCAAUAUAGGUAAAGGUGCGAGUGCCUAUUCUCGAGUGUGGCCUCGACGAGCGAAUAUUUCAUCUGGAGUAUGGCAUCUUAACUGUCUUUUCCAAAUAGAGAUUCACCCGGCCGGCUGGUUACUAUAUUCAGGCGAGCAAUUUUCGCCAAUUGGACUCCUCCCUAGAGAUGAAUAG